CGCCUUUCGAUGUGCCCCUCUUUGCCGGAACGCGAGCACAUGCCCCAUCCCCUUUUGGAUAUGUAGAACGCCAGCCGGCCAUAUCUGUCCCUGGCUCCUGCACGUCACGCACCGGUCUUCUCGGUGUCCUCCGCCUAUCUCCUUCAACCCGCCCCGGCGUCAAGGUUGGAUCUCUUGGGGCGGAACCUCAGCCCGGAGGAGGCCAGUCCCAAGUCUCCCAGCUUCAGGGCUGCUGCCUGAUUCUCAAGGAGGGUGGGUGACAGUGGACCGCAGACAGCCUGGCUCCCUGCCUGCCUGCUUGGUUUGCUGUGUUCUGUGUUGGCAAUGGCUGCUAGCUUCCCACUGGAAGUUUUGGUGACUGAGCAAAUUUGUGGCCUGGCAAGUAGCAGCUAACUGCCUGGGAUGAAAAUUUGAGGCUGCCGUGUGUGCUCUGAGGUCCCUGAGCAGCCUCACCACAAUGGACCCAGACCCCCAGGCAGGUGUGCAGGUGGGCAUGCGUGUGGUGCGCGGCGUGGACUGGAAGUGGGGCCAGCAGGAUGGAGGUGAGGGCGGCGUGGGCACAGUGGUGGAGCUCGGUCGCCACGGCAGCCCUUCAACCCCCAAUCGCACAGUUGUUGUUCAGUGGGACCAGGGCACACGCACCAACUAUCGUGCUGGCUACCAGGGUGCCCACGACCUGCUGCUCUACGACAACGCGCAGAUAGGCAUCCGCCACCCCAACAUCAUCUGUGACUGCUGUAAGAAACAUGGGCUCCGUGGCAUGCGUUGGAAGUGUCGCGUCUGUUUUGACUAUGACCUCUGCACACAGUGCUAUAUGCACAACAAACAUGACCUCACCCAUGCCUUUGAGCGUUAUGAGACGGCUCACUCACGCCCGGUCACACUGAGUCCCCGCCAGGGCCUUCCUCGAAUUCCACUAAGGGGCAUCUUUCAGGGAGCAAAGGUAGUACGAGGCCCCGACUGGGAGUGGGGCUCACAAGAUGGAGGGGAAGGGAAGCCAGGCCGUGUGGUAGACAUCCGUGGCUGGGAUGUGGAGACAGGCCGGAGUGUGGCCAGCGUGACAUGGGCAGAUGGGACUACCAACGUGUAUCGUGUGGGCCACAAGGGCAAGGUGGAUCUCAAGUGUGUCGGCGAGGCAGCUGGUGGCUUCUACUAUAAGGAACACCUCCCGAGGCUCGGCAAGCCAGCAGAACUGCAGCGUAGGGUGAGUGCUGAUGGCCAGCCUUUCCAGCGUGGGGACAAGGUCAAAUGUCUGCUGGACACAGACAUCCUAAGGGACAUGCAAGAAGGCCACGGUGGAUGGAACCCUAGGAUGGCAGAGUUUAUCGGACAGACGGGCACCGUGCACCGCAUCACAGACCGUGGGGACGUGCGUGUGCAGUUCAACCAUGAGACCCGCUGGACCUUCCACCCUGGGGCUCUCACCAAGCACAACAACUUCUGGGUGGGCGAUGUGGUCCGGGUUAUUGAUGACCUUGACACCGUGAAGCGAUUGCAAGCUGGACAUGGUGAAUGGACAGAUGACAUGGCCCCUGCCCUGGGUCGAGUGGGGAAAGUUGUGAAGGUGUUUGGAGAUGGGAACCUGCGUGUGGCUGUUGGUGGUCAGCGGUGGACCUUUAGCCCCUCCUGCCUGGUGGCUUACCGGCCUGAAGAAGAUGCCAACCUGGAUGUGGCUGAGCGUGCCAGGGAGAACAAAAGUGCGGCACCAGCCUCGGUGGCCAGUGGGAGGCAGGGAAGCCCCUGGCCAGCACUUACCUCAGCCCUGCCCUCAGGCUCAUUGAGCGUGGCCCUGGACAAGCUGCGGGCCCAGAAGAGUGACCCAGAGCACCCGGGGAGGCUGGUGGUGGAGGCCGCACUGGGAAAUGUGGCCAGGGCUCUGGACCUGCUGCGGCGGCACCCAGAGCAGGUGGACACCAAAAACCAGGGCCGAACUGCCCUACAGGUGGCUGCCUACUUGGGCCAGGUAGAGCUAGUGCGGCUGCUGCUGCAGGCCAGAGCAGGUGUGGAUCUGCCAGAUGAGGAGGGCAACACUGCACUCCACUAUGCAGCUCUGGGGAACCAGCCUGAGGCCACACGGGUUCUACUGAGCGCAGGGUGUGGGGCAGAUGUCCGCAAUGGCACCCGAAGCACAGCACUGCAUGUGGCUGUGCAGAGGGGUUUCCUGGAAGUGGUAAAGACCCUGUGUGAACGUGGCUGUGAUGUCAACCUGUCGGAUGCCCAUGCUGACACACCCCUGCACUCUGCCAUCUCUGCGGGGGCUGGUGCCAGCAGCAUCGUUGAAGUCCUCACUGAGGUGCCUGGCAUUGAUGUCACUGCCACCAACAGCCAGGGCUUCACAUUAUUGCACCAUGCAUCCCUCAAGGGCCACGUGCUAGCCGUCAGGAAAAUUCUGGCACGGGCACGACAGCUGGUGGAUGCCAAAAAGGAGGAUGGCUUUACUGCACUGCAUCUGGCUGCCCUCAACAACCACCGUGAGGUGGCCCAGGUCCUCAUCCGAGAGGGUCGCUGUGACGUGAAUGUACGCAACAGGAAGCUCCAGACCCCACUGCAUCUGGCUGUGCAGCAGGCCCACGUGGGGCUGGUACCUUUACUGGUGGAUGCUGGCUGCAGUGUCAACAGCGAAGAUGAGGAGGGAGACACAGCUCUGCAUGUGGCACUGCAGCGUCAUCAGCUGCUGCCCUUGGUGGCUGACAGGGCUGGGGGGGACCCAGGGCCUUUGCAGCUGCUGUCCAGGCUACAGGCCUCCGGCCUCCCAGGUAGCGCUGAGCUGACGGUGGGAGCAGCUGUAGCCUGUUUCCUGGCGCUGGAGGGCGCAGAUGUGAGCUAUGCUAACCACCGCGGCCGGAGUCCACUGGAUCUGGCUGCUGAGGGCCGAGUGCUCAAGGCCUUGCAGGGCUGUGCCCAGCGCUUUCGGGAGCGACAAGCAGGCAGCAGUGGGGGUGGGGCCCCAGGCCCCAGACAUGUGCUCAGCACACCUAACACCGUGACGAACCUGCAAGUGGCUGGCACGUCGGGGCCAGAAGCCGCUGAGUGCCUGGUGUGCUCCGAGCUGGCGCUGCUGGUUCUGUUCUCGCCCUGCCAGCACCGCACAGUGUGUGAGGAGUGUGCACGUCGGAUGAAGAAGUGCAUCAGGUGCCAGGUGGUCAUCAGCAAGAAGCUGCGUCCAGAUGGCUCGGAGGUGGCGAACGCCGUCCCCGUGCUCGGCCCGCCAAGGCAGCUGGUGGAGGAGCUGCAGAGCCGCUAUCGGCAGAUGGAAGAGCGCAUCACCUGCCCCAUCUGCAUUGACAGCCACAUCCGUCUGGUAUUCCAGUGCGGCCACGGCGCGUGCGCGCUUUGUGGCGCCGCGCUCAGUGUCUGCCCCAUCUGCCGCCAGCCCAUCCGCGACCGCAUCCAGAUCUUUGUGUGAGCUCACGCAGCGCUCGGCGGCCCAUCUCAGAGCCUCCUUCACAAUUUAUUUUUGU